CUGUAGCGAGCACGUCGAAGCAGCAUCGCUCCUUCGUUCACAUUCGUUACUACCCGCGCCGAUAUGUGGUCUGCAAGCACCGUUCUUCUGGCGAUUUCGUUAGUGCGCUCCGUGGUCGCGGCUUCCGCGGCCUCGGGGACGUUCAAUAUCCUGUCUAUGAACGUCGCCGGCUUGCCCGCGAUUCUGAAUGGGAAUGGGGAGGAGGGUGACAAGACGACGAACACGAAUCUCAUCGGCCAGAAUAUGGCGAAGAUUGGCUACGAUCUUAUACAUGUUCAGGAGGACUUCAACUACCACGCCGCUCUCUACGCGGCCGAUACUCACCCAUAUCGUACUGCCACCAGCGGCGGAGUCCCGUUCGGCAGCGGCCUCAACACGCUCUCCAACUCCGACUGGGUCGACUUCUCCCGCACAAAGUGGGCGACCUGCUCGGACGCGUCAGAGUCGGACUGCCUCACGCCCAAGGGCUUCACUUUCAUGCGCUGGCGCGUCGACGAGGGCGUGUACAUCGACGCGAUCAACCUCCACGCGGAUGCGGGGACGGAGGACGAGGAUAAUGUAGCGCGGUCAGCGAACUUGGACCAGGUCCGCGACUUCAUCGCCGCCAACUCGGCCGGGAACGCCGUCCUCGUCUUCGGCGACACGAACUCGCGCUACACGCGCGCCGUUGACACCGGCAUCCGCGACCUCGUCGCCGACGAGGGAAUGACCGACGCCUGGGUCAAGCACGCGCGCGGCGGUUCGCCGCCGGAAGGGGGUGCGGACGCCCUGCUCUGCCCCGAUGGCGUCCCUGCGAAUAUCUCGUGCGAGACCGUGGAUAAGGUGUUCUUCCGCGGCUCGAAGCUCCUCGACUUGCAGUCCACGGACUUUUUCUACGACACGGACCGAUUCCUCUCCGAGAACGGCACUCUGCUCACGGAUCACAACCCGGUCCGCGUCGAGUUCUCGUGGACGCUGGCCGACAAUCUUCGCCAGAGCGACCUUUUCGGCGGCCCGCAUGGCACCUACUUCAACGACGUCCCCUCGCUCCCCGGCUCCCCCAAAGUCGCCUCCGUCACCCUCCGCGGCGGCAACCGGCUCGACGCCCUCUCCUUCACCCUCUCCUCUGGCGCCACCCUUGCGCAUGGGGGAUCCGGGGGCGACGCGUCCACUAUCUCUCUUUCCUCAGGCGAAACCCUCACUUCUGCUACCCUCUGCCAGGCCAAAUACAACGACCACACGCGCAUCUUCUAUGCCAAAUUGACCACGAGCGGCGGGCAGACCGUCGAGGCGGGCAAGACGACGGACGAGUGCACGAGCGUGAGCGCGCCGGAGGGCUUUGGGAUCGUGGGCGCGUAUGGCCAGGACGGGGAUGAGGUGGACCAGCUGGGGUGGAUUUUUGGGCGGCAAUGAGGGAGUUGAAGACGAGGGGGUGAAGACGAGGGGGUGACGGGGGGGGGGGGGUGGUGUGCCCAGCACGGAUUAUCUUCUUUUGG